GUGUGCUGGAAGGCAGUAUGAGGAAGCAUCUUGAUGGCGGGGGAGAGUUCUGGAAGUUUCUGCUGUGUUAUAAAUACUGAAAGCAGGCAGAACCAGCGUUCUGCAGCUUGAGAGAAAGUCGUAGAGAGCUGGUUGCGCUUUAUUUUGUUAAGGGUAUUGCGUCGUUGGUGUACGUAAUACAGGUGUCUGUAUAUAUGACAUUGAGAUUGCGACUUUUUGUUUAUCCUGCGUGGAUCUGUAAAAGGAACUACAGUAGGAAACCUUUAGCUGAUUCGCGUGACUGCUGUUUGUUCACUGUGACGACGUCGUGACCUUUUGCUUAAAGAGCAACUUGUGUGAUUUUCCUCUUGUCGUCUUGUGAGUGUAAUUGAUCACCGGGGCUGUAAUGGGUAAAGAUUAUUAUAAGGUGCUGGGAAUCCAGAAGGGAGCCUCGGAGGACGAGAUCAAGAAGGCAUACCGCAAGCAGGCAUUGCGCUACCACCCGGACAAGAACAAGUCUUCGGAUGCCGAGGAGAAAUUCAAAGAGAUCGCGGAGGCCUAUGACGUUUUGAGCGACCCCAAGAAAAAAGACAUCUACGACAAAUUCGGGGAGGACGGUCUGAAGGGGAACGCUGGAGGUGGCGGACCAAAUGGCACAAAUUUUAACUACACAUUCCAUGGGGACCCCCAUGCCAUGUUCGCAGAGUUCUUUGGGGGUCACAGCCCUUUUGAUUCCUUCUUCAGUCGCAACGGGGGUGAUGAGGAUAUGGACAUCGAUGACCCCUUUGCGGGAUUUGGCAUGGGGGGGUUCUCCAGGGGCUUCACACGCAUGGGGAUGGGGGGACGUGGGUCCCGGGAUGGCAUCGUGAAAAAGCAGGACCCCCCUGUAGUGCAUGACCUGAAGGUGACCCUGGAAGAGGUCCUCACAGGCUGCACCAAGAAGAUGAAGAUCUCCCACAAGAGGCUGAACCCUGAUGGACGUACCACCCACACAGAGGACAAGAUCCUCACUGUGGAGAUCAAGCGUGGCUGGAAAGAAGGCACCAAGAUCACCUUCCCCAAGGAGGGUGACGAAACGCCUACCAACAUCCCGGCAGACAUUGUCUUUGUGGUGAAGGACAAGCCCCACCCAGUGUUCAAGAGAGAGGGGUCUGACAUCAUCUACCCAGCCAAAGUCACACUCAGGGAGGCUCUCUGUGGAUGCACUGUGAAUGCCCCCACAUUGGAUGGCAGGACCAUUCCUGUUACCUUCAGAGACAUUAUCAAGCCCGGAAUGCAGCAGCGCAUCACAGGGGAAGGCCUGCCAUUACCCAAGUGCCCAGAAAAGCGUGGAGAUCUGAUCCUGCAGUUCGAGGUGAAAUUCCCGGAUCGGAUUCCACUGCACACCAGGGACGCUUUAAGUCAGGUGCUUCCUCCAUGAGAGCUUGUCCCAGGGAGCUGUGUUGCCAGAGGUGCUGUUGGAAAGUGCUGCUUGAAACGCUGACCGGCGACAGCCAAGUCUGCACUUUGUUAUUCAGGAAAAAAAAACAAAACAAGAUGUGUAGUUUUGUAUAUCUGUUCAAAUUUCGUUUUCUCAUUAAUGUUGCCUCAUCAUCUACCACUUCAAGCACUGCCAUCACUGAAAUCUGUGCAAUGCUAAAAGAAACUACAGGACUUCAUCUUACCUCCUGGAGAGAGGCAGUGAUUACUGUGAGAUGGGAGAGGUUUAAUUGUAAGGGCUUCGCUGUAUUAGCUUCUGAAAGUUGAAGGUGAUGGAGCCUUUUUGGGUCUGUUUUACCUGAGCAAAAUGACUAUUAAUAUGACUUCCUUUUACAUGAAGUAGUUUACUACAAAGGUUUCUAUCAUACAUUAACAAAGUGGCUCUUGUUUUCUCAUAGAUUAACUGAUUCAUCUUCCAUGCCACUCAAUAGUGAAGAUUGAAAAUUAAUUAAUUGAUGGGGUGGGUAGGUAUUAGAGCAUCUAAAACUCAAAGUGCUCUCUUGGGCUUUGAAUUACAAUUUGUAAUACACUCUGUGCAGAAAUAGUUAAUAAAGUGUCCUUUUGCUAGAAGAGUACAAGAAUCAUUCAGUAGACUGAAUGUCCUUGUCAUGGGCUCGAAGCAAUGUUCCAUUGCCUGAAUCGGUACUUCAGAGCUAAGAGCAGCAUGUUUCCUGUCUGUGAUAACAUUUACUAAAUAAAUGAGUUAAACCUUUGCGAGAUGUCUGCAGAUGUACUUUACAACAAUAA